AAGGUUUGCGACACCGCCGGAAAAAAAAAGAAACAAAAACUGUGCUAAACUCUGCUUCUAAACUCUGACGUGUGCGCACAUUUUGGCUGCACGGACACGCUGUGUGUGGACCGUCCGGUGUCCCACGGAGCGCCGCGUGACCGUGGAAAGAAAGGAGUGUUUUUAAUGUCACUAACGGAAGUUAACAUGCUUACCUUCAAAAAUAAACCACUUAUGGAUCCUAGCAAGUCAGAAUGAUGUGCCUGAAAUGGUUGGAGUAAAUAGGACACUGUAAUAAAAUAGGACGGGAGCACAUCUGCCAUCCAUAUGAAGUGCCUGCUGAUAGCCAGUGAGAGCGCUGAGGUCCUGUUCUACUGGACUGACCCGGAAUUUCAGCAGAAUAUCCAGGAACAGUAUGGGGUAACUCAAGAGGAGGGCCAAGCGCUUCCAGCUUUUGAGGACAUCAUCAGCACGCUCUUUGCUCCCAUCAUCAUCUCCUGCAGCACCAUAGUGGACAGGCUGGGUGACAACUAUACCUGCUUCACCACACAAAACAAUCACAUCUAUGCACUCCAACAGUUCGAGGAAUGUCUGUACAUUGCUGUUAAUGGGGAUGGGGAAGAGAGUGAGGAUGAUCUGAGGAGGAAGAUCUGUGUGGUGAAGAAAAUAAUCGAGGUCCUGUUUGGUAUGGUCACCCUCAGCAGUCAGCUCCUCAGAAAAGAGCUGCGUCCUCAGGACAUGGAGGAAAGAGCGUGGCUGUGGAAGCAUCUCCAGAGUCUGCUGGAGACGUACAGCCACCUGCGUCAGAACGACCAGAGCUUCUUAACGGAGGCAGUGGAGAGGCUGAUCCACCCAGCGCUCUGUGAGCAGUGCAUCGAGUUUCUGGAGCGCCGCCUAGUUCAACAGCUCAACAGCAGUGUGGAGAGAGCAGGAGAGGAGGUGCUGCACUCCUUCAUCCUGGUCCACACCAAACUACUUGCCUUCUACUCCAGUCGCAAUGCGAGUAGGCUCACCACCUCAGACCUGCUGGUACUCAUCAUCAUGGCACAGAAUAUGUAUCCUAGUAACACAGAUCUGGAUGACCCAGGUCCUGAGGAUAUAGAGAACACAUCCGGUUCUGGUCCUGACAUUUUCUACACCCCAGAGGUUUCUCCUACAGACGGAGACUCCAGUGGCUCAGACAGGCCAGUGAUUAGUUCUUCUCCUGUGUUUGAGUUGGACCCAGACCUACAGAUGGGAGAAGACAGUUUGAAUACUCUGCAAGUCCCACCGCCUGAUCCUUCAACACCCCGCAGAGUCUUCUUGGAGGUCUCACACAAGGAUGGCCUUUAUCCCAUGAUGCCUCACUCUAUGUACUGUCUGCCACUGUGGCCUGGCAUCACACUUGUACUGCUCACAAAGAUUCCCACCAGUACAGUGGCCAUGUCAGUUUAUGUGUUUUUAGAGGCGUUUGCAAAGCUGGAGAGGCAUUUAAGUGAAAGUCAAGAAGGUUCUGCUACAGCUAGAGGUCAGCCUCACGUACACGACCUCCAUGGUAAACUGGAUAAAUUCAUCAAAGCUUUGAGCUCAACUGAGAUACAGUCCGCCCAGUUGCAAAGUGUUUGGACUGAGUUCAAGAACCGAGCUUUUGUCAGAGGAGGACUGAGGUUAACAAAGAGUAAUCUGAUCCAGUUGUGUCAGAAUAUGAAGACCCAGCUGUGUGGCAUAUACCGACAAUGCUUUGUCACUGAUUCUGGAUCAGCCGGCGUUCCUCAGCGCCUCUCUACCAGCCUGCAGGAACGAGCCAAGUCCAUGCUGCAGGAGAAGCUUGUGGACUGGAAGGAUUUUCUGUUGGUCAAAAGCAAAAGAAACAUCACCAUGGUGUCUUACCUGGAGGAUUUUCCCGGCCUCAUCCAUUUUAUAUCUGUGGACCGUUCCACUGGCCAGAUGAUCGCACCAUCGCUCAGCACUACAGAACGCACUGCCUCCGAACUGGGGAAGGGUCCCAUAGCCAAUUUCAUCAAAAAAAAGGUCUGGAAGUUGGUCAGUACAUCACGGUGCUAUCUCCAGAAAGGCUACUCCACUGUUACAUUCCGCGAUGGAGACUUCUACUUCUGCUUCUUCCUCUGGUUUGAAAAUGAAACCGGCUACAAGUUGGAGGCCAUUGACCUGCCUGUAAUAGCUGAUGACUCUAAUCCCAUCGGAAUGCUUGCCUGGGACUACUACAGGAAGUUGCUGCGGUAUUAUAGGAAGAGUCACCCACGUGAGGUGGUGAAGUGCUACGAGCUGCUGACUGUUCACCUCGGGGUCAUUCCCACUGAGAUCAUCCUGCAGCACUGCAGACAGCUGGCCAGCAAACUGUGGGAACCUUCCCGCAAUCCACUGCUGUAGACACACCCACACAUCUAAAAA